AUGUUGUUCCCAUUGUAUUUUUUCUACACUAUAAUAUCAUUUAACAAUAUUUUUUCUGUAGACAUUUCUCAUCUUAAUGUACCUCCAGAACAUGUCACAUACGUUUUCAAUGCCUUUCCCAGUCUUGCUAAUUCUUGCUUACUAGAUCCAAAUUGUCCAUAUAAAGAAUUAGUGAAAAUUAAGGCCUGUUGGGGUUAUGAAAGAGAUUGUGAGAAGGACGUAUCUUAUCCCGUCCGCCCUUUAUGUCCUGGCGAUCAUCGCGGUUGGGUAAAAACCAAAGUGGCUCAGUAUGAUACAUUCUAUACCCAGGCUGAUUUUGGUUAUAUUGAAGAACAAAUAAAUGACUUGAUGGUAAUGUGUGAAGCUUCCUAUCCAGAUGAUACAUCACUUGAAUGUUCAAAAUAUUUAAGGUUUUGUCGUGGUCGAAACAUGAUGUUGAAUUUCACUGGACUUAUUGGCCGUGGCGACAACCUACGUUAUAAAAUGGAUAUUCUAGGCCCUGGUCAAAUAGGGGGAUACUGCAAUUUUUAUUCAGAUCGACUCAGAAAAGAAGCAGAUCAUAUGAGCGCUCUUCAAUCAUGGGCUCCAGAACUUGUGCACUUUGUUAGGACACCCAAAAGGCCAAUAGUUGACGGAAUGUGUGAUAUAGUUAUAAAUAAACCGACCUAUAUUAUGAAAUUAGAUGCAACUGUUAACAUGUAUCAUCACUUCUGUGACUUUUUCAACUUGUAUGCAUCACUCCAUGUUAACUCAACACAUCCUUCUACAUUUUCUAAAGAUAAUCACAUUUUAGUGUGGGAAACAUACACUUACGAUUCAGCAUUUAAAGAAUCAUUUAACGCAUUUACUGAUAAUCCUAUUUGGGAUCUAAAAACCUUUAGAGGGAAAGUAGUUUGUUUUAAGAAUGUAGUCUUGCCACUUUUACCUAGAAUGAUAUUUGGCCUUUAUUACAACACUCCUUUGAUAUACGGGUGCGAGAGAAGUGGUCUUUUCCAUGCCUUUUCAAAACACAUUCUCCACUCCUUGAACAUAAAAUUGCAUCGGAGAACAAACGACAAAGUACGAGUAACUUUACUUUCAAGAGGAACGACAUACAGGUCUAUUUUGAACGAGAAGGCUAUAUUAGAAGCAUUACAAAAAGUUACGGACUACGAAGUUCGUAGAGUUGUCUAUGACAAAUCUGUGCCAUUCACGAAGCAACUGGAAAUUACUCAUAAUACGGACAUAUUUAUCGGCAUGCAUGGAGCAGGUCUAACGCAUCUUCUUUUUCUACCUGAUUGGGCAUCAGUAUUUGAAGUAUAUAACUGCGAGGAUCCUAAUUGUUACUCAGAUUUAACAAGACUUCGAGGCCUUAAAUAUGUAACUUGGGAAGAUCAAUCCAAAGUUGUACAACAGGACCAGGGUCAUGGUCCCGGAGGUGGUUCACAUGCUAAAUUCACAAAUUACUCUUUCGACGUCCGUGAGUUCUUAAGGCUGGUGGCAAAAUGCGCGGAACACGUUCGCAGCCAUCAACAGUUUAACGAUUUCCUAGAAUCUUCCGGUGUGCAGCGACAGCACGAAGAGUUGUAA